GAAGCAAGUGUUAAACCAAUAAGUAUUUUCUUGAUAUCUUUGAAAAGAAGUAAUUUCGAGGGCAGACGCUGAGAAAUGGUAUAUCGCACGGGAUUCAAAAUGAUUCGCGACGAGAGUUGUCUUCCCAAUGGUCCAUCAAUAUCAAAAAGUAGUGAAUCUUUCUCAAAUUUCAAUUCAUUCAGUUGUUCAUGUCAAUAUUAACAUUACGGGACAUUCAUACCCCCAACCCAACAUAAGAAUACUUAUAAACAACCACAGUGCCAGAAACAUCUUCCUGAUCAUCGGUCUAAAAUUCAACCUCUCCAUCAAAUCAAAAAUACAAAAAAACACCAAAGACUACAAAAUGACAUCCGCCGCCAAAGUUCUCGCAAUCCCGGAACUCCUUGAACAGAUCUUCUUCCACGUUCCUCUCCCCGAUCUCAUGAUCCGCGUUCAGAGCGUGAACAAUCAUUUUUACAACUUAAUAACCACCUCUCCUCUCCUCCAAUAUAAGUUGUUCUUCUCCUCAACCAGAAAUCCAUUUCUUCUUAAUCAUUCCAACACCAUUAUCCCCAAUCCUCUCUUGUACCCUUCAUUCCACGCUUACGUCUCUCCUUCCCGCAGAGAAUGGAUCACGUCUACGGAGCUCCGACCAUUAGAGCUAUGUGAAUUGGGAGUUGGAAGAAGGGAUAUGAUGCGGAGGGGAUUCAGGUUCGAAGAAGCUAGUUGGAAAAACAUGUUAGUGUGUUUACCACCUGUCAAGGAAUUAGUGAUUCAAUCAAUGUCUGGGAGAUGGGUCAUCAAAAGCGAGACGGGAGUUCGGAUGGGGAUGUUGAAUUCGAAAUUGCUGAGGGAUGUGUGGGGGAGUCUGGAUGUGCAAGGAGAGGAGGGUCUUUUGAAAUGUGGAAAUGCGGAGAUGUAAAGGUAGGGGCUUUGAGAGCUCUCAGGGGGAAGCGGGGUUGCGCACUGUCCUGGAAGGAAUGCCCUUGGAAGGCUCGUUCAACAUUCACGCGCUUGGGAAUGUUGCAUCCUCGUGAAAGGGGAACCGCUAGGUUGUAAGGGAGCGAUGUGGAAGAGCAAGUUGCAGCGAGAAAAAAACGUUGCUGGACGCAUUGAGAGAAUUCAAUACGAUGCCUUGGAAUAGAAAGUUCGCGAAGUAAUACUUGCAUUUGACAUACAAUCAAAUGUAUAGAUAAUAUUGCCUGCUAACAGGUAACAGCUGACAGCUGACAUCAAGCGACGGGUAUCAAAGGAACGGCGAUGUCAUUCUAGAUUCCGAGGAGGGCUAAUAAUGUAUGUAAGGUAGUGUGAGAUUGGCAGUUCAUAUUUGUUAUUGAACAAUUUUUUAAGAUUGACA